UAUUUAAAGGGCCUGGGAGGGGAGAGAGAGUGAGGAGUGAUCAUGGCUACCUCAGAGCUGAGCUGCGAGGUGUCCGAGGAGAACUGUGAGCGCCGGGAGGCCUUCUGGGCGGAAUGGAAGGAUCUGACACUGUCCACACGGCCCGAGGAGGGCUGCUCCCUGCAUGAGGAGGACACCCAGAGACAUGAGACCUACCACCAGCAGGGGCAGUGCCAGGUGCUGGUGCAGCGCUCGCCCUGGCUGGUGAUGCGGAUGGGCAUCCUCGGCCGUGGGCUGCAGGAGUACCAGCUGCCCUACCAGCGGGUACUGCCGCUGCCCAUCUUCACCCCUGCCAAGAUGGGCGCCACCAAGGAGGAGCGCGAGGACACCCCCAUCCAGCUUCAGGAGCUGCUGGCGCUGGAGACAGCCCUGGGUGGCCAGUGUGUGGACCGCCAGGAGGUGGCUGAGAUCACAAAGCAGCUGCCCCCUGUGGUGCCUGUCAGCAAGCCCGGUGCCCUUCGUCGCUCCCUGUCCCGCUCCAUGUCCCAGGAAGCACAGAGAGGCUGAGAGGGACUGUGACUUGGGCUCCGCUGUGCCCGCCCUGGGCUGGGCCCUUCCUGGCUAGGACUGUGGAGGGGAGCUGCUGGCCAUGGCUGCUUCGUAGUUUGCCCAGAGUUGGGGGCUAGGGGAGGAGGGAGCCAGAGGCCAGGAUGCCUGAGCCCCCUGAGUUCCCAAAGGGAGGGUGGCAGAGACAGUGGGCACUAAGGGUGGAGAGUUGGGGGCCAGCACAGCUGAGGACCCUCAGCCCCAGGAGAAGGGACAAAAGGUACUGGUGAGGGCAAGAGGUGCCUGGGAGGAGUGGCCCUGAUCCAGGAAAAUGUGAGGGGAAUCUGGAACGCUCUAGGCAGAAGCUGGGAGGGAGGGGGAGGUGAAAAGGGCAGAGGCAAGGAUGGUGGGGCCCCCAGCACCCUCUGUUAGUGCCGCAAUAAAUGCUCAAUCAUG